AUGGCCAACAAGAAGAACACAAAAUCACAACCAGCAAAUCUCCCCUUCAUCACAAGGCUCAAACUUUUCAUCCUAAAACUGCCCAAGCCUUUCACCAUCCCCCUCGAAAACCUCAAAACACGAGCUCCGACCAAAAAACUCAUCAACGGCACGUUGGUCACAACCUCAGACAUCAAAAUCGACCCCUCACGCAAUCUCUGGUUCCGCCUCUUCAUCCCGAGUUCCAACUACUGCUCGGAAAAUCCCCUGCCGUUGAUCGUUUAUUUUCACGGCGGUGGCUUCCGGUCUUUCGGGCCCGACAACAUCGUUUUCCACGAUCUCUGCAGUCAGCUAGCGUCGAAAAUUCCAGCUGUUGUUCUCUCGGUCAAUUACCGUCUGGCGCCCGAACACAAAUUCCCUGCCCCAUACGAAGACGCGCUCCGAGUCUUGAAAUUUGUCGACAAACAUAACCGUGACGUUUUGCCCGAGAUCGCUGACCUCAGCAAGUGCUUCCUCAUGGGAGAUAGCGCGGGAGGCAACAUAGCACAUCACGCCACGAUUCGGGCCCUUAAGAACGGCGACUCGUUCGAGAAGUUGAGAAUUGAGGGUGUUAUCGGGCUUCAACCGUUUUUCGGUGGCGAGGAAAGGACGGAUUCGGAGCUCAGGUUGACACGUGCUCCGAUUAUUGACGUGAAGAUCACGGACGAGUGCUGGAAAAUUUUUCUGCCAGAUGGGGCCAAUAGGAACCACUCAGCGGCCCAUGUAUUUGGCGGGCCGGGCUCUGACGAGCUCAAGGAUGUCCUUUUCCCGAGGAGUCUGGUGUUUGUGGGAGGGUACGAUCCUCUGCGAGAUUGGGGUAGAAGAUAUGCCGAGGGUUUGAGGAGUUGCGGGACCCAAGUGGAGUUGAUUGAUUAUGAAAAUGCAUUUCACGGUUUUUAUUGUUUUCCGGAAUUGCCUGAGUAUGCCUCGUUACUUGAAGAGGUCGUGAAUUUUAUCCGAAAACAAGAAAGUCUCGACUGA